CUACCUCCACUCACCCAAUAAACUAACAGGGAAUUGUUUCAAAGUGUAGUUUUUUCUUAAUAAAAGGAAAGAACGAUUAGGAUGUUUCAUUUAUUCAAAAAGAAAAGCGAAAUGCUUAAAUUCGCUCGGUCCGGCGUUAGAAGCUUUACUCAGCAAGCUGAACAGACCAGCAACAGACGCACUAAUAUCGCCGUUGCCAGUAGUACCUUGCUUUCCGUUGGUAUGCUCGCCUUGUACUACAACGUAUACGGACCCAAGCUUUCAGCUGCUUCUCCGAAGGAAGAAGGAUUACACUUUAUUAAGCAUGACUGGCCUCAAGAAAAGUUGCUCAAGGGUUAUGACCAUGCCAGUUUGCGCCGUGGUUUCCAAGUUUACCGUGAGGUUUGUUCUGCUUGUCAUGCACUUGAUUACAUCGCUUGGCGUCACUUGGUUGGUGUCACCCAUACUGCUGACGAAGUGAAAGAAAUGGCCAGUGAAUACGAAUAUGAAGACGGUCCUGACGAUGAGGGCAAAAUGUUCAAGCGCCCAGGUAAACUUUCUGACUUCAUGCCUGCUCCUUACCCCAAUGUUGAAUCUGCUCGUGGUGCCAACAAUGGUGCUGCUCCUCCCGACCUUUCCUUAGUUGUACGUGGUCGUCAUGGUGGCCCCGAUUACAUUUAUUCCCUUUUGACCGGUUAUGUGGAUCCUCCUGCUGGUGUCGAGGUUCCUGAUGGCAUGAACUUCAAUCCCUUUUUCCCUGGUACUCAAAUUGCUAUGGCUCGUCCCUUGUUCGACGAAGCUGUCGAAUUUGAAGAUGGAACUACUGCUACAACUUCACAAGCUGCUAAAGAUGUCGUCAAUUUCCUUCACUGGGCUAACGAGCCAGAAUUGGAUCAACGUAAAAAGAUGGGAUUCCAAGUCAUGACCGUUUUGACCAUUCUGACCGCCCUUAGCAUGUGGUACAAGAGAUUUAAAUGGGCACCCAUUAAGAAUAGAAAGAUCGUAUACCAACGCCCUGUCAGCAAGUAAGUCAAAUCCUAGUUUUACAGUCCUUGAGCCUUAAGGGUCAUUCAAGUCUUAAAGCUCGAUUUUUUCUUUUCUCUAGCUUUCUUUUCUUUUUUUUUUAAAUCUACCUCCUUUUGAAAAUGAAAGAAGCAACAGAGAAUAUUUCUGUUCUACUUUUUUUGAAUUUUCCGACCUUGCUACAUAUUCGUUUCUGGAUAUCUUCCUUAUUUGACUAAUAUUCUCCUCCCCCCUUUUCUUUCAGUUUCUUUAUCUCUUUCUUUUGAUUGGAAGAGAAAGAGAGAGAAAAAGAGAGAGAGUUAAAAGCUCCUUUGUCUUACGGAAGAACUUAAGCAUUUAACUUAGUUUUCCUAAGUGUGAAAAGCUCGUAUAAUCUCCUUUCUUUUUACAAUUUAUGUCACGACGGACUUAAAAUGCCAAUCCUUGUUAUCACAUAUUGAAUUAUAUUUUAUACUUUGACUGUGUAAGAUUUUUUCAGUGGGUUUUAGUUGUUCGUUGUCGAGACCUUAAUAAAACUCAUAAAACUCGCUUAUCCCGAACGUAUAGCGUAGUCAGCUCAUGCAUAAUUGAAAUCCUUUUUUUAUUCGAACAAAACAAUUUGCUAAAUCGGAGACUUACUCAUGGAAGCUGUUGUGUACUCCUC